AUUUCAAUUAGGUUUUUAGUUUUCUGAUAAAAAGUUUAGUUUUUGAUUAUGUAUAUGUAUAUAUAUCUUACUGUUUUUUCGGCAAAUUUACACUCUUUCUUUGCUUCUCUUUAUAAUGCAUACAAACCUAAAUAAUCAAUUCGCAUUCAAUUCACUUUUAGACCUAUAACAUUCAUGAAUUGAUCAUAUUGGUUUAAUGUAGUCUGUAUGAUUUCUUAUCAGAUAAUCAGGUAGAACCACCCACUUCAAAUCCCACAUACAGGUACCAGACUGCUCUAACUCAUAUACUAUCAAGUGUUUUAUGAUGACUUGGAUUGAUAAAAUAUACCAGAAGUUUGAGAAUAUGAUCCAGGAGGUUGAAGAUACAAUGUUGGAGGAUUUUCAAUACCUAGAGAAUCAAAUGAGCAUUGUUCAAGAAAGUGUUAAGAAAUUAUAUUCAACUGCUAUGGAAGAUUUGCUUCCUCCAUCUACAACCUCAGCUCCUGUAUUGCCUAUAGGUCACUAUGCUGGUAUCUCCCAGGAGUUGCUUCGACGUAUCAAUAAACGAAAACGAACCGGUAUCAAUCUUGAUUCUUGCUAUCAUGACAAAGUGGAUAGUUUUGAAUCUGGUGCAAAACCACCUGUUGAGAGUGCAGGUAGCGAUGUAAAUCAACCGAAUAAGGAAAUGUCUGCAUUUGAGACAGUUAUUGAAGCUACCGUUGCAAAUACUACUUCUGCUGAAGUAACAUCCCUUGCUUCUGUAACAGAUUGUUGCAAUGAAACUGAAAAUGCAAGUACUGAACAAAGCCGUGGUAAUGAGGUUUUGGUUCAAUUUGCUGAAGAGAAAGAGGAAAAUAUGAGUUCUUUCUCAAGUGACACAUUUGAAGAUGCUAUUGGGUUUUCUAUGAUCAAUGCUAUGCAACAAGAUGACGAUUCGAAGCUUGACCAAACUUGUGUCCUUAUUUCAAAAGACGAACUUCAGUUUGCUCCCAACGUAACAGUUAAUCUGAAGACUAGUGAGAAAAAAUGGCUGCAACCCUUUUCAUUGAUUAAGAAAUCUGCAAGGAAGCAAGAGUAUGAAGAACUCGCAUUGUUGCAUGGGAAAAAUGAAAACGGAAAUGAUGAUUCCAUCGAGAGUAUAUGUCCAACUUUGGUUGAGGAUACCUUUGAACCCGAGUGGGAACUUCUCUAAAGUCCAAUGAUUAAGUUGUAGGAUGAGACUAGUGCAUAGUGACGCACGAGUAGUAGAGUAGUUAAUGUUCCUUGAACCUAUUAUAUAUG